AUGUAUACGAGUGUGGGUAUUGGUGGUCUUUCUAUGCUCGUCCCACUUUACGUAUCCGAAAUAACUACAAAAGAGAUUCGUGGUCGAAUUCUAUCAUUACAAAAUUUAGCUCUCAGUAUCGGAAUGGCUACUGGUAUUUGGAUUGUUUACGGCACAAGUUUAAAUCUGUCGGGGUUAACUAUGUCAUGGCGUUUACCAUUAUCUUUAAAACUCGUUCCUGUAUUAUGUCUUGUAUUCAGUACAUUCUUCUUUUUUCCAUUCUCACCGCGCUGGUUGCUGGGAAAGAAUCGUGAUCAAGAGGCAAUGCAUGUACUAAAAAAAUUGCGUCGAACGACAAAUGAUGACGAUGUUUGGAAAGAAUAUGAUGAAAUAAAACAAGAAUUAUUAUUUGAACAAGAACAAUCGAUUCAUUCUUAUGCGCAACUAUUUCGCUAUCCACUUCGUCGACGUUUAAUUUUGGGUAUUUUUAUUCAACUAUUUCAACAAUUUACCGGUAUUAAUUCUAUUCUCUAUUAUGCACCAGCAAUCUUCAAACAAGCCGGUUUGAACAGUCAAACAUCGAGUCUACUAGCUACGGGUAUUAAUGGUGUUGUUAAUAUUCUUGCUACAAUUCCCGUUAUCUUGUUAAUAGAUAGAUUAGGUCGUCGUUUUAUUACAAUUUCUGGUGCUUUAUUGAUGGGUAUAGCAAUGAUAACUGUCGGCGUUUUAAUGAGUGUUUACGGAAUACAUGAAAUUGAUUCAAGCACGAAUGCUAAUACUCUAACUAUUACUAGUGAUCCAGCCAAAUAUACGAUUAUUGCUUUAGUUUAUGUCUUUGUGGCUGCUUAUGCGUACUCAUGGGGACCGUGUGGACACGAUAUUCUUGGUUUUGGAUUUGGCAUGAGCGAAGCACGAUUUAUGGAAAAGUCACUUUCCAAAGUUCGAGUUUAUCAUUUAGAAUUUUCAUCAACCUUUGAUAACGCUUUAUUAUUAAAUACCGUGGACAGUCAGAUCAUGUGCUACAAAAGCAAACGAUGA